GUCUGCGUGUGUGCGUGUGUGUGUGUUUGUGUGUGCGUGUGUCUGUGUGUUUAUGUGUGCCUGAAGUCCUGCAAGCCUCCAUUGGUUGCUCCAGAACCUGACAGACUACAGGGUCCAACACCAGCAGCUCCGUGACCCUCAGCUGCCCCCGCCCGUGGCGUUCCACCCCCAAUCUUGACCUGGUACAAAAACAAACGCAACCUUGCACAGGGAUCAGGUAUUGUAAUGAUACCAAAGUCGGGUCUUUACACAUUGAUCGAAUCACAACGGAGGACCAAGGCCUGUACACAUGCCGGGCAACCAAUGAGAGGGGAUCUGCCGAGAGUUCUGCCUACAUAUGGGUCAACAGCACCUUGGAGGCGUCAUCCCUGGAGAUCCCCACUCUCACGUGUAUCUGCGUGGUGGCCACCAUACUCUGGCUGAUGAUCACACUCUUCAUACGCAAGCUCAGACAGCCAGACCAUCCGCUACUAAACCAGAGUAUCUGUCAAUCAUCCUGGGCACGGGAGGGGGGACCAAUGGAGGAGCAGAGUGAGAGGCUGCAGUACGACCCCAGCCGAUGGGAGUUCCCCAGGGAGCAUCUCAAGCUAGAGAAGCCUCUGGGUCGGGGGGCCUUUGGGAAGGUCAUGCAGGCCUCAGCGUUCGGCAUGGACAACUCCUCCAGCUGCACCACCGUCGCCGUCAAGAUGCUCAAAGAGGGCGCUACAGACAGCGAACACAAAGCUCUAAUUACCGAACUCAAGAUCCUGAGCCUCAUAGGACAUCACCUGAACGUGGUCAACCUACUGGGGCCUGCACCAACCCCACAGGCCCACUGAUGGUCAUUGUGGAUACUGCCACUUUGAAUCUCUCAGCCUACCUUAAGAGCAAGAGAGACCAGUUUGAGCAACACUGGCCUGGACGCCCCAGCCGGCCUGUCCUCCUCCCCAAGGACCAGGCCGGGCCCGGGGCAGGGCAGGGGCCAGGCGCUGGCCCCGGGGCCCGGAGCAGAGGCUCAUCUUCAGGGCCGGGAAAGCAGCCUGACCAGGCAGAGUGCUGCAGCUCUCCCCUGCUGCUGGAGGACCUCAUCUCCUUCAGCUUCCAGGUGGCCCGUGGCAUGGAAUUCCUCUCCUCCCGCAAGUGUAUCCACAGAGACCUAGCGGCCAGGAACGUCCUGCUGUCUGAGGACCAGGUGGUGAAGAUCUGUGACUUCGGCCUGGCCCGGGAACUCUACCGAGACCCCCAUUACGUCCGCACGGGGGACGCGCGCCUCCCUCUUAAGUGGAUGUCCCCUGAGGCCAUCUUCGACAAAGUGUUCACCGCCCAGAGCGACGUGUGGUCCUACGGGGUCCUGCUGUGGGAGAUCUUCUCUCUGGGAGCGGCUCCGUACCCCGGUCUCCACAUCGAUGAGGAGUUCUGCCACCGGCUGAAGGCGGGGGGGACGCGCAUGCGGGCGCCAGACUACAGCACCCCUGACAUUUACAGCACCAUGCUGACAUGCUGGGAGGCUAACCCAACAGACCGACCAACAUUCACAGACCUAGUGGGAACACUUGGAGACCUGCUACAGCUAAGGGCUCAGGAGGACGGUAAGGACUACAUUCCCCUCGGGAGCUUCGCCCAUGGAGACGGGGUCGUCAGCCAGGCAGAGAGGCUUCUGACCAACCAAGCCGCUACACGCAGUCACCAACCUCAGUUACAUGAGGAAUAUGGCGCUGCUUCAGACCUUCGAAGAGCUACCUUACAAGGAACCAACAAGUCCUGAUGAGGAGCAGGGGGACAGCGGCAUGGUUCUUCCCCUCAGAGGAGCUCCAAAGUCUGGCUUGGAGCCCCGUGAAGAGCCAGGAACACAGCAGGUUCUUCACCUACUCCAAGUUUCCCAGGGCGUCGGGUGCCAGGGGACCCGAGACGUGACAUCACGGGUUCGCCAUGACAAUGAGCCAUCAGUCCUGCCGUGCGAUAGGGCGCCUGAGGAGGAAGAGGAGGAGGAAGAGGAGGAGGAGAUGGAGGGCGACCCUCCACCAGACUACCACUCGGUGUUCCUCUACCCUUCUGCCUAGCAUCCCCAGGUGUCUGAAGGAGGUCCUCAGCCUUGUUAAAACACGUCUUCUCUUCAAACUCUUCACAUCGAUACCUUCCUUUCAAUUUAGCAGUGAAGUGAAAAUUGAAAUAAGUGGAUGUAAUCUUUUGUUUGGUCUAUUGUUCCCUAUAUUACACGAUUCUGUUUUUAUGUAACACCAUGUUCAAACUUUUAUUUUUAUUACAUAGUAUCUUAGUUGUUUUUUUUGCGUUUCUUUGCCUACCUCAUUAUCUACCCUCUUAAAGUUCCUACACAAAAUGUAAACACGACUUUUCAAUUUAUAAAACCUUGACAUAAAAGAAAGUCUAUGGUAGAAAUACACAAAGCUUUGAGGGCAGAUAUAGAAAGUAAUAUAAAUAGCGGUUUCUUUCAUACCACCAGUGCUCAAAUGCUAGCGCAUUAUAUUUACACUGAACUUUAUCCUGAUGCUACAACAAGGCACUCAACCAACCCUUUCCAAGAGCAGCCAAUAGACUACCGUACUGUACUUGGCGUGUUUCACUGGACACUACAGAGCACCACAUUAUUGCUAUAUAGCACUCUUUAUUUAGCACACCAAUUCCUGGACUAGCUACUUCUUGUUAUUUAGCAGACUUGUAUGCUAGUGUUAUAUUUACUUCACUGGUACCUAUACUACUUAAGUGGUUUGUUUGAAAUAGUUUGUAGGCUUCAUCUAUAUCCAUAUGCUGGAAGAAAUUAAAUCCUACAUAAAAUAUAUGUAGGAGAGUUAGUUAUGAAUACAAUACAUAAAUGUUAUGUACACAUGAAUGCAUUUUAAUAUGCAAUGUUCAGUUGAGUUAUUAAUUAAAUGGACAAAUACACAGUAUAAUAAAAUCUGUGUUCAGCAUUUGA